AUGGAGCAAUUUCUGCAAAAGGCAGAAGAUGCUUUUAAAGAUGUGAAGGAAGCCUUAAAGGGAAACAGUGAAGAACAUUCCCAGCAGGAUGAUGGAGGCGCCGUUGAGCAACAAGCGCCCAGCAACUAUCGUUUCCAGUCUUUUGCACCUCAGACUACUGGCUCUGUCAAGUGGUAUGUCGAUGGAGCAUCAUACUUCUACGCCGUAUCUUUAGCUCUUGAAGAGGCUAGAGAAAGCGUGUAUAUUCUAGACUGGUGGCUGAGCCCGGAGCUCUACCUUCGUCGACCUCCUUCGCGUAAUCAGCAGUACCGCCUCGAUAACAUGCUGCGGGCAGCUGCUGAGAGAGGCGUUGAAAUACGCAUUAUCGUAUACAAGGAGGUCACUCAGGCCCUAACCCUGGACUCUGCGCAUACCAAACAUGCCCUGGAGGCCCUACAUCCCAAUAUUAAAGUGUUUAGACACCCCGAUCAUCUGCCGACAGACCGGUCGAAGCUUGAGACAGCCUUUGCCGAUUUGUCUUUGGAAAACCUCAAGUUAAAUGAUUUUCGCUUGUCCAAGGUCUCCGGAGAUGCACUGAAGGAACUUUACGGUUCAUUUGGUGACACUGUCCUGUACUGGGCCCAUCACGAGAAGUUAUGUCUCGUCGAUCGACGCAUCGCCUUCAUGGGUGGUCUCGAUAUGUGCUUUGGAAGAUACGAUACAAACAGUCACCCUAUUGCCGAUGCUCACCCCGGUAAUUUAGACGCAAUUGUCUUCCCCGGUCAAGAUUUUAACAAUGCUCGUGUCUACGACUUUGAAGGUGUAGACAACUGGGAUCACAACCAACUCGACCGAACGAAGAACUCAAGGAUGGGUUGGUCUGAUAUUGCCAUUUCCCUCAAAGGCCCUAUCGUGCACAGUCUCAUCGACCACUUUACAGACCGAUGGAACUUCAUAUACAGUGAGAAAUAUACCAAGAAAGAUACGGGCAAGUAUCAGAGGAUCGUGGUUGGCGGCUCUGCCGAAAGGUCCCGUGGAGAACAACACCAUGGUAUGUUCGAUGACUUCCAGGGCCACUUUAAUCGCGGUAUAAGACGGCUUGUGGGCGAAGGAGGCGAAGAAGAGCACCGCAGCCGAGGUGGUGACAACUAUGACAAUUCUGGUGGUAUUAAGAUCCAGCUUUGCAGAAGUUGCUGCGAUUGGUCCGCCGGCCACCCAACGGAACACUCCAUUGCCAAUGCGUACAUUAACGCUAUUGAAAAUGCCGAGCACUUUGUCUAUAUUGAGAACCAGUUCUUCAUCACAGCUACAUCUGAUGAACAGCGUCCGGUUGAGAACAAGAUAGGUGCCACGAUUGUAUCACGCAUUGUCCGCGCCCAUAACAACAGGGAGGACUUCCGCGUCAUUGUGCUGAUGCCAGCCGUGCCUGCGUUUGCCGGUGACUUGAAGGCCGACGGUGCCCUCGGAACCCGUGCUAUUAUGGAAUUCCAAUACAACAGUAUCAACCGCGGUGGCCACAGCAUCAUCGAGUCCCUACAACAACAGGGCGUGGAUGAUUGGCGCCGUUACAUCGGCUUCUACAACCUACGUAAUUACGACCGUAUCAACCUAUCUUCUACUCUAAGACAAGCCGAACAAGACAGCGGUGUGUCCUACGAAGACGCCCGUCGCGAACACGACGACAGGGAGCAGGGCUACCGCUACGGCGAUGAAAAUAGGAGAGGCGACGAUGGCAGCUACGACCGUUACCAAUCCGCCGCCUCCAAAGUCGACGACAGCACCUGGGACACCGUGUCCAGCUGCUACAUGGAAGGCGGUACCGACAUCCGCGACGUCCCGUGGAACGGCAGCGAAGAGGACGAGAUAAACGCGUUCGUGUCCGAGGAGCUAUACAUCCACAGCAAGGUCCUCAUCGCCGACGACCGCCUCGUGAUCUGCGGCUCAGCCAACCUCAACGACCGCAGCCAACUCGGGACGCACGACUCCGAAAUCGCCGUCGUAAUCGAAGACCAGGAGCCUGUCGAAAGCAGCAUGAACGGGCGCCCGUUCAGCGCGUCCCGCUUCGCGACGUCGCUGCGCCGCCAGCUCUACCGCAAGCACCUCGGCCUCCUACCCGACCAGCGCUGGGACGAGCCCAACGCCAACUGGACGCCCGUGGACCGGGACCCGCAGCAGUACGACUGGGGGUCGCCGUCGGACAGGCUAGUCGAAGACCCGAUGAGCGAGGACUUCUGGCGGCUGUGGACGGAGACGGCGCGCACCAACACCGAGGUCUUCAGCAAGGUGUUUCACCCCGUGCCGAACGACCAAGUGCGUACCUGGGAGCAAUACGACGACUUCUUCAGCCGCCACUUUACGAUCCCCGGCGGCGAGGAAGAGAACGAGCGCAGGCACAGGCGCGAGGAGGAGGAGGAGGGGCAGAGCAAGGCCGAGUACGGACACGUCGUGCGCGAGGAGUUCCCCGGUGGCGUUUCCGAGGUCAAGGAUUGGCUAAGCCGUGUCCGCGGCACCUUGGUUGAGAUGCCUCUUGAGUUUUUGAUCGAAGUCGAGGACCUCGCGAAGAACGGACUUAGUCUAAAUGCUUUCACAGAUCAGAUCUACACUUAA